GGCUUCUCGGUCAUCCUUCGGAGCUGGGGCGGGGGCUGGGGACCUCGCAGGUCUGGCUGUGCUGGCUGGAGGUGUGGACGACCAUCAGCCAGGCGGCCGUGAACUCGAGAGCUCCCCACCCGCCUGAGCCCACAUCCUUCUGCCAGGAAUCGAGCAUCUCUGAACUGUGCGCCAGGCUCCAGGCUCCGUGAAAAAUUCUAAAAUAAAGCCAAUCAAGAGAAGACAAAGUGUUACCCCUAAUCCUGCUCCUCACAGAGAAUAACCAUUAACCCUUCUGUGUAUUGAACCUUGUGGCUCCAUGCACGGUUCUAUGAGCUGGCUCCCAACCUCGUCCCGAUGGACUACCGGAAGAGCCCCAUCGUCCACGUGCCCAUGAGCCUCAUCAUCCAGAUGCCGGAGCUCCGGGAGAACCCCUUCAAGGAAAGGAUCGUAGAGGCUUUUUCUGAGGAUGGCGAGGGGAACCUUACCUUCAAUGACUUUGUGGACAUGUUCUCCGUGCUGUCCACUGUGCCCACAUCAGAGGCCUGGUCUGGGUGCACGCAGCACUGCCAUAUGUGUGCGCAUCAGUGGGUCCACCCUCCACAUCUCACAUGGGGCAUCACUCACAGGGCAGGCUGUCGUCUGCCAGUGAGCAAUGGGAGUACAGCUGGGUGGGGAGGGGGCAGGGACGGCGGCACCGAGGCUCACUGCUGCCCCAGCUGCGGGACAGCAGGAAAGACACCCAGGACACAGGGCUUGGUGUUGGGGCCUGACUUCCAGCAAAGGUCACGCUCUCCCUGGGCCUUGGCUUCACCACAGCAAAGGGGCACAGGAGUCCAGCCAGCCAGCACAUCCCCACAGAGCUUCCCAGGAGCCCCCAAGGGGGUGGAGGUGACUCUUACCCAUGCCGACCCCAGAGGCACUCACGGGCCAAUAUGGAGGUACCUGUCAAGGGGCUGGGCUCUGGGUCCUGGUCCUGACCAGGGAUGUCCCUUUAGGUCACAUGCCCCUUGCAGGACCUGUUUCUUCAUCUGUGUAUGGUAGGGACUCUCCCUGGACCUACCACUCAGCUUGUGUAGGCGGGGCCAUGAGGCAGAGCGUGUGACAUGCCUGCUAGUGGGCACGCUCUUCAUCACUGCCCUUCUCGUCAGGGUGUGGCUAGUGGCAGAGGCCCAGGAGCGGGGAGCCCUAAGGCUUAGAAAGCCCCCUGGGGGUGCCAAUGGGAAUUUGCUGGAUAGACAAGUGGGAGGGGCACUCUGGGUAGAGGAGGGGGCCAAGAUCCAGAAGCUGAGCUGAAAAUGAGGGGAGGGUGUAGUCACUGCUGCAAGCCGUGCGGCCGUGCUUUGGGCAGUGGUGGUGCCUUCUGCCAAGUGUGCCCAGGAGCCAGCCCUCCCUCCAAGGGGCUUCUGAGUCUUCUGACCAUGACCGGCCUGCUGGGGGGCCUGCGGGAGGCCCUGUGGUGCAGUGUAAAGAACGUGGUUGGGCAGGGGUGCUUAGUGGCAACAGGCCCAGGCAGUAUCCUGCCUCCCCCUCCAAGCAGCUCUCUGAGCUUGAUUUAGUCGCUGGCCUUCCUGGGCCUUGCUUCCCUCUGCUCCUGAGGGCACACGGGGCGUACUGCAGGUGUGGCAGGAGGCCUGGUGGCCCAAGCCUCAGACUUGGACUUGCAAGCGUCUCAGGCUAGGUUCAUACCUGCAGCCAUGGCGGAGGUGUCAUGGGAUCAUGAGUGUUGGCCUGUGGGUUGUGGUAGUCAGCCGGGGCCUGGGCACAGGGUGGCAUGUUGGGGGCCCGGCCUGAGCAC